AUGCCCUCUCCAAGAUCCAUCCCCACCCGCCAACCACUCCUGGAGCCGGAAAUCCCUUCCUACAAGAUCAAGACCCAUCCUCGGAAGGACUCCGAAACUUUCCGGGUAGUGGGUGCAAGGCGCGGCCUCCCUGCUUGGGAAAACUUGAAUACGCCAAGCCAAUCGACGACGGGGAUCUGUGUGGAUGACCAAGUUGUGGUCUAUUAUCUCGAUGAGCAUGAAGAGCCGCAGCAGGCGAAGGCUCUAGUCCUUGAGAUCAGAGUGCUGCCACCGAUAAGAUCAAGAGGAGGUCCCAACAAAGAUACGAUAUUCUUGCUGGUGGCAUGGUUCUACGAGGGGGCUUCUUCCUCCAUUUGUACCUCGGAUGCAGCGAGCCUGAUUCUCUCGUCUCAUCUCGACGUGGUCUCCCUCGAGUCCGUCCAAGCGGUUCUGGAUGUGAAGAAACGGAUUCCCAUCCACUCAGUAUUGAUAAUCCACACAAUGACGCGGGUGGACUCUUCCGAAGUCAAAUGGCUUCCCGAGCGAGUGAAAGAUGCCGGCGCGACGGAAGAGGAGGACGUUGUGGCAGAAGGUGCCGAGCCAGAACACUGCGGCUCGGGCGGCGACCCGGUAUCGUGCCAUGCGGAGACUGACACUGUGUUCAUCACGUCAGCUCCCGUGGUGGCAAUGCCACCGAACUGGAUGACUCGCUACGAAGAACGCCGGGAGCAGGGGCUACCGACACCCUCAGUGUCGCCCGGCGGAAGCUAG